GAAAUCAUAUGUCUGCACUGUGAAUGACAGUUCGUACUCAGAUCGGCGGUUGUGGGCUGCGUGACUCUCGAUUACUCGGUGUAGUCUGAUGUUGCUGUGUACCUACUGAAGCAAUCAUGGCUCAGACACGGUCAAGCCCUGAAGACAGUGGUUCAGAAGACUUGUACGGGAUUGACCCCUGGCUACAGAGGGGAAUGCCCAGGGGAAGUUGCCCAUCCCUCUCCAGAAGUUGCACAUCUCUGCCAAGGAACAACAGGUACCUGGUCCACCAUACCUAUGGCAACUACAACUGUUCAAGAAUGGACGAUAUCGUAGGCGAUGAAUAUCGCUCGUUGAACCAUUGUGAACGCAUGAUGAAGAAAAUGGAAAUGUACGUGAGCAAGAAACAGUUAUGCGAUGUGAUACUGGUAGCGGGAUCCAAGCGAAUCCCAGGCCACCGGGUGGUUCUUAGUGCUGCCUCCGAUUACUUUGCGGCCAUGUUUACUAGUGAUGUGCGCGAGGCCACCAUGGAGGAGAUUCAGAUGAAGGACGUGGAUCCAGAGGCUCUGGCUGCUCUUGUCCAUUACACUUAUACAGGGCGUAUUGACCUGAGAGAAGAGACGGUAGAGAGUCUGUUGUCCACUGCCUGUUUACUUCAGCUCUCCGAAGUGGUCGAGGCUUGCUGUAUUUUCCUCAUGAAGCAACUACACCCUUCCAACUGUAUCGGGAUUCGUCAGUUUGCAGAUGCUCAGGGCUGUACAGACCUCUUCAAAGUCGCCAAUAAUUAUGUCACUGAAAACUUUGUGGAGGUGAUGCACAACCAGGAGUUUCUGAUUUUAUCAGCUGAUGAAGGCAAGCUGCUAUCCUGUGAUGAUCUCAAUGUGCCCAAUGAGGAGACAAUAUUCCAGGCACUGGUCAUGUGGGCCAAGCACGAUAUUCAGGGCCGCAAGAAGCACCUUCCCAAACUCCUUGCACACAUUAAACUACCUCUCAUGUCAUUGCAGUUUAUUGCGGACCAUGUUGAAACCAAUCCUCUUUUUCGUGAUGACAAGGAAUGUCAGUCUUUGAUAAUGGAGGCACUAAAGUACCAUCUGCUCCCUGAACGACGCUCCUCAUUCCAGAGUCCACGUACCAAGCCCCGCAAGUCUACGGUGGGAGUGUUGUAUGCUGUGGGUGGGAUGGACUGUACCAAAGGAGCUACCAGCAUAGAGAAGUAUGACCUGCGAACCAACACCUGGACCCAGGUAGCCAACAUGAAUGGGCGUCGCCUCCAGUUUGGGGUGGCUGUCCUGGAGGAAAAGCUAUAUGUGGUUGGAGGACGGGACGGCCUUAAGACCCUCAACACUGUCGAGUGUUACGACCCUAAGAAGAAAACUUGGAAUUUGAUGCCCGCCAUGUCAACACACAGGCACGGACUGGGUGUGGGGGUGCUGGAGGGACCAAUGUAUGCUGUGGGCGGUCACGAUGGGUGGUCUUACCUCAAUACUGUAGAACGCUGGGACCCGCAGGCCCGCCAGUGGAGCUACGUCGCCCCCAUGUCUACCUCCAGGAGCACUGUGGGUGUGGCGGUCUUGGGAGGAAAGCUAUACGCUGUUGGAGGCCGGGAUGGCAGUUCCUGUCUACGCUCAGUCGAGUGUUUUGACCCUCACACCAACAAAUGGACUCUGUGUACACCCAUGUCAAAGCGGCGUGGUGGGGUGGGGGUAGCCACCUGUAAUGGGUUCUUAUACGCACUUGGUGGUCAUGAUGCCCCAGCCAGUAACCCCACUUGUAGCAGAUUUGACUGUGCUGAAAGGUACGACCCUAAAACAGAUCAGUGGACUAUCAUAGCCCCGAUCAGCUCCCCCCGGGACGCUGUGGGCGUGUGCGUGUUGGGGGACAAGCUCUACGCUGUAGGGGGAUAUGAUGGGCAGCAGUACCUUAACGAUGUUGAGUGCUAUGAAGCUCUUACCAAUGAGUGGACAAAGGUGGCAGCCCUGUGCACUGGCAGAGCGGGAGCGUGUGUUGUACAUGUGCCUAAUAGUUGACUAGAGUGGGACAGACGGUCACUGUCUCUGCUCAGAAAAUGGCCGUCUGGGUUUUUCUGGCAGAAGCGGCGCGAUUCUACAACAACGCUCGUGUAGAGUAAACCUGCACACUGUGUAUAAAACACCGCUGUUUUCGUCUACUGCUGCUGCUGUUUGCUUCUGCAGUUGUGUGCUUUGUGUUUGCUCUACAGUCGCUCUCUGCCAGACUUUGCUUUUCACCUCAUGGAUUUUUACCCAGGAGUGACCUCCCCUGCCAAAGAUGACCUCUCACCAACACCUUCACAGACUUACUGACUGCUGAGCUCAUGACAUCUUUCAUUUCCUUCUGUUGUGUAGCCUUACAAGUGCAUGUGUGGCGCCUGAAUGCUGCCAUGGUACACGUGUGGUGAAUAAGGAAAUCAGGUAACCUGGCAUUAGGCAUGUCAGGUUGACCAGUUCAGUACUGAACAGACAGUGCUAGUUUUAUUGAUUGAAUUUGCUGUUGUUGUUGUAAUAAAUUGUUCAUCACUCGUGUGCUGGAGCAGAGUUCAUUGCUAUAAAGAUAGCUAGUACACAGAAUGGAGAUUCAUGUGUUUAUGUUAUGUUUUAGCUCUUAGCACAUCUCACGUUACUGAAACACAUUACGAACUGACAGCCUGGUAAUGACAUUGUCAUUUCUGAAUACAAGAGCAGCAACAUACAGUCGAUGAUGGUGAACUGUCAUGGGCUAUGCCAAGUUCCUCUGAUAGUUUUUACUCCAGUACAAUUGUUUACAUACGUGACAGGGCUCCCUUUCUUUAAGCUAGUUGAUCCAACCAGUUCGUGUGUUUCCACCUUGCAUCUUUCCACCAUACUUCGUGUAUGUUUGUUGAGUUUGUCAUGAGAUGCGAGAAGAAACAUCCCAAACAAAUUCAGAGAACAAUGGCUUUAUGCUUCCUAACAGUUCCUAAUUUGAUCAAAUUUUCUAUUGAUAGGACUGUUUCAUAAUCCGGGCCCAGAUGUUCGAAAACAGCCAGUGCUGGUAUUAACUUCUAUCUCCAUUUUAUUCCAGUUUAUUGUGAAUCAAAAUGAGUCCUGCAAUAAGAUUUAAGUGCAACUUAAUUUUUUAAUACACAUUUGAACAAAAGUGUACCAUACAGAUGAAGGUAACCUGAAAGAGGCUACAUACAUGUAAAUCAUCUGAGACAUUGAUGUCCUGAAUACAUAGAAAAUCCUAUUUUUAUGGCAAAAGGCUGCUAGAUUAUUUCUCACAUGUCAAACUCAUUGUAAGAUUGGUGCUAUUGAAACUCUAUGUUUGACUGCUGCCAACCAAUCUUACAUGCACAUUGUGUUUUUAAGAGAUGUUUAGUGGCUGUGUGGAAAGUGCGUGGUCAUAUGUACCAUAUUUGUGUACCAUUCAUGAAUAUCAGUGCCCUGUUUUGUGUAUUGUUGACAUUUUUUAUCAUGGUGAGUGUGAGGGACUAUUACAAGGAAUUCCUCUCGUUUUAUCUACAGCAAGGCUCUUCCUCUAAUAAUUUUAUCUCGGGGGGAUUUAUCAAAUUUAUCUCUCAUGUUUUACGACAGUGUAAAGUUACAAAAUGCUUCACAUUACCGUUUCUCAUUGCCUGGAUUUAUGGUGACUUAGUGUAACAAGGGUGUUCAAACUUUGUGUUGUACUGAGCCUUAGAAAAGGUAGAACAUUAAAACAUGUACAUCAACACUUGUUGAACAAGGAUAUUAACUUUAUAUUUAAACCUUACCAUUUUGAUUUACCAACAUCCAUUACUUAAUGUGGGGCCAAUGUUUUUGAGGAACAUUUGGAUUUAAUGCAGUUACAUCUUACAAACUAUUCAUGUGAUAAUUUGACUUCCUAAAUCUCUCUCAAUAUUCUUUGAUCUGAUGUACAUGUUGACUAAUUUCAUGAAAAAAUCCUUAUCACAUGUUCAAGAUUCUUUUUCAUUUAUAUGUUAUAUUCUCACGUGUUAUCACAAGGUUGGCUUCUAAAAUAUGUUAAGUGAUGUUUUUGUUGGGAAAUUUUUUGAGCACUGUCAGAAUUUUCAAGAUGAGGAAAUGGUGUCUGUUUUUAGCUGUGUGUUUAGCAGUACAAUCAUGUACAUUUUUCUGGCUGUCCCCUUUUCUACAUGGCUUUUAGGAAUCUCAGUGUUUUUCUUUUAUUAGGAAUCUCAGUGUUUUUCUUUUAUCAUGUGAUCACUUCAGUAUAAGCACACUUUGCUGUUUGACCUCGUUUGUACGUAAACUUUCCUAACUCCGUGGGUUUAAGCACUUUGUGUGGUUUCUGUAGUUUCAUCUUCUGUAGUCACUCGCACAUAAACUGAAGAUUCUGUGUUAAAUAAUGUGUGUCUGUUCAUCAGCAUCGAGUGCUUAAGUGUUCAGUCUCAUCUCUGUUAGUUUCUUAUAUAAAUAUUGUAUAUAAGAGUUGUAUUUUGAUAUACUCCACACAAAAAUAAAUCCUAUAAACAGUAA